AACGCGGGGCCCACUCUCUCUCUCUCUCUCUCUCUCUCUCUCUAAAAUGCUCGCGAGGAAAAGCGAAAACAUCAGCUACGUAAACUCCGUCGCCGAGAGAGAGAGAGAGGUUGCUAUAACUGAUUAAGGCUUGUCUUGCUCAGGCGAUGGGUGUGCAGGAUUAGCUUCUGUCGGCAGCCGGCGCAGGAUAGCACCGAGACGAGUCCGGUGAUGCUCGGGGUACUUUGCGCACGCCCCAAGCCUUGGAUCGUCGCCGCGCUGUCUUUUGUGCACGGCGGCGCCGCCCACCAGCGCCUCGCGGGGAUUCAGCUGCUCCGGUUUCUCGGUUCCGGGGAGGACCGGUCGCCGCGGCGCCACCACUCCAGCGCUUGCCGCCUCGGAGACGGCGGAGGAGGCGCUGCGUCGAUAUGGCACGCGAUCUUGCCUGCUGGAGGCGAUGGUCGGAGGAGCGAUCUGCGGGCGGCCGGAUGUCGUGAACGGAAGGGGGAGGGGUCGUGGAACGUCGCCUGGGACGCACGCCCCGCCAGGUGGCUGCAUCGGCCAGACUCGGCGUGGCUGCUCUUCGGCGUCUGUGCGUGUCUCGCGCCGUUGGACUGCGCCGACGUGAAUCCCGAGGGAGUCGCCGUCGACGAGAGGACGAACGGUUCGGUUGCGAAGGAAUUAGUCUCUGAUUCGAACGAUAAGAACUCCGCCAAUUAUAAGGUGACAGGGGUGCUGGCGGAUGGUCGAUGCCUAUUUAGAGCCUUAGCACAUGGGGCAUGCUUGAGAAGUGGGGAAAAAGCUCCAGAUGAUAAUCGUCAAAGAGAACUCGCUGAUGAAUUAAGAGCUAAAGUUGUGGAUGAGCUCUUAAAGAGGCGGGAAGAAACUGAAUGGUUCAUUGAAGGAGAUUUUGAUGCAUAUGUAGAGAGAAUUCAACAACCUUAUGUAUGGGGUGGAGAACCCGAGUUGCUUAUGGCUUCUCAUGUUUUAAGGACACCAAUUUCUGUCUCCAUGAUCGAUAGAAGCUCAGGUGAUCUAAUAAAGAUAGCAAACUAUGGUGAAGAGUAUAAGAAGGAUGAAGAGAGUCCCAUUGAUGUGCUGUUUCAUGGGUAUGGCCAUUAUGACUUACUGGAGACUUGGCCGGACCAAAGUUGCCAGCGAGAAAAGAUGUCAAAGUUCGAUAUGUGUACAGAAUGAUUCUUCAUUGUUUUAAUUCAAUAAAACUUCCCAUGAGGCAGAUUCAAAUUGGAAGGGUGCGUGUGCUGCUCCUGCCAAAGUGCCACAUUGUGCAUUUUAUUUUCCCCCCCAAGAGAGGUGUUUCAGCUCAAUCCAUAAUCUGGUGGAGUUCAACCAGUCCUAAUUCAAGCAAGAAGUUGGCUUCAAUUUUGUAGAAUUCUCAUAUGAUUUUUCUGUAAGUCAAAAAGAGUAUUCAAUACAUUAAAACGGUGAUGGUUCUUUGUUCAGAGAAUCAAUAAGGCGAGCUGGGAUUCUCUGUGAAGUGCUACUGAUUUGUUUCCUUCGCAUAACUACCCCCCAAACUUGGGAAUUCCUUUUAUCCUUUUUGGAUUUGAUGUUUGUAUGUGCUUUAAAUUUUUUCCUGCGCAUUGAAGAAUAGAUCUGUCUGUUUUCUGAA